UUAUGAACUAGCAGAACAUCAAUUAAAUAAAAUCAUAGCAGACAAUUACGAAUCAGCAGAAUCAGUCAGAACUUUGACCCAAAAAGGUAUUUUGAAUGACUCCAGCACUGAUUCUGAACAAGAUCAAUCUAUUGAAUUCGUUAAUGCUAAAAAAAUGCGUUGGGAGGAUGAUAUACGUGCGUCAGCGUCUCCAUGCUCCACACUCUCCUUGGGAAAUGAAGGAGUUCCAACAAGUUGUAUUGGAGGUACAGGAAAGUCUCCGGUACCCUCUUCAUUUACAUCAUUCAGUACAGAUGAUGGUGGUAGAAAAGACUCAAUUUCACGAAACGCAGAAUUUGAAAGUGUUGUUCUGAGUACCCUGUCAAAGAUAUCGACAUGUAUAGACCAACACUCAAUUAUUUUGGCUGAAAUGAAUAGACGAGCGAGUUUGGCAGGCUCAGAAAAUUUAAAUCCACCGGAGUCCAUAAUGUCACACUCUUUUCCUUUUCAAACGCUUUCCAGUUUUCAAGAGUUUGAGAACAAACUGACUGAUAAGAUGGUAUGGGACUAUAUGAUGAGGAGAUUGGCAAGUCUUGGAGGAUCUGGGACAGUGAGUCUAACCAGACGAAUGCUCCGAUACAUUCUUUCAGACAAUGUGGCCAAACUUUUCAAUUGGAAAGGAAGAGAUAAGAUCGCAUUUGAAAAUUACAGAACAAAGGAGUUGUUGCUGGAGGCUGUUAAGAUCACCUUUCCUGCCAAAGAAAUAGAUGAAUACAGAAUUUGUACCGUAAUGAAAGAAUGGUUGAAAUUCGCCUCAGCCCGGCUGAAGAAAACAUCAAGGGACAGCAAAUAAUUAUUUUAGAAUGUUUUUUAUCUCUGACACCUUGUAGAGUGUAUAUUUUAUUUUUAAUAUAUUUUUUUAUAAUAACCAGA